AUGGGUGCCCAGCAGGUGAAGGAACGGCCGACCGGAACUACCUCUACCCUAGGAGCCGGCAGCUCGAUCCGGUCCAGCCGAAACAAACCCCGCUCGUCUAAGGAUGCAAGGACGCUCGGUUCAAACAUCUUCACCGAACAUAGCGAGGCGCUUCUUCAGUCACGCCCAUUACCACACAUACCACCACCGGGCAGUUUGCUGCCGACGGACCUGCUCGGUCAGAAUCAGGAUGGGUUGGAAAACCACACCGGUACCAUGCACUCGCAGGGCAGUUCCAACACUGCCCAGUCGAGCUUCGAGACCGCGCACCGAUGGACGUCCAAGGAGAACCUGUUGGCACCCGGACCUGAGGAGGACGAUCCACAGUUGUUUGUCGCGCUGUACGACUUCAAGGCGGGCGGUGAAAACCAACUGAGCCUGCGGAAGGGUGAACAGGUGCGGAUACUGUCCUACAACAAGUCGGGCGAAUGGUGCGAGGCCCACUCCGAUUCCGGCCAUGUCGGCUGGGUACCGUCGAACUAUGUGACCCCGUUAAACUCGCUGGAAAAACACUCCUGGUACCAUGGGCCAAUAUCGCGCAACGCGGCCGAGUAUUUGCUUAGCUCGGGCAUUAACGGUAGCUUUCUGGUGCGCGAAAGCGAAAGCUCGCCCGGGCAGCGUAGCAUCAGCUUGCGGUAUGAUGGGCGCGUCUACCACUACAGAAUAUCGGAAGACUCGGACGGCAAGGUGUACGUGACGGCCGAUGCCAAGUUUAACACGUUGGCGGAACUGGUACACCAUCACAGUGCGCUACACGAAGGGCACGGUUUAAUUACGCCGCUGCUCUACCCGGCACCGAAACAGAACAAACCGACCGUGUUCCCGCUCAGCCCCGAACCGGAUGAGUGGGAGAUCUGCCGGACGGACAUCGUGAUGAAGCACAAGCUCGGCGGUGGACAGUACGGUGAGGUGUACGAGGCUGUGUGGAAGCGGUACGGCAAUACGGUGGCCGUUAAAACGCUCAAGGAAGAUACGAUGGCGUUAAAAGAUUUCCUGGAAGAGGCUGCCAUCAUGAAGGAAAUGAAACAUCCAAAUUUGGUGCAACUGAUAGGUGUUUGCACGCGCGAACCACCAUUUUACAUCAUCACCGAAUUUAUGAGCCACGGAAAUUUGCUAGAUUUUCUACGCACCGCCGGUCGGGAAACGUUAGAUGCCGUGGCGUUAUUAUAUAUGGCUACACAAAUCGCUUCGGGCAUGAGCUAUCUCGAAAGCCGCAACUUUAUCCAUCGUGAUUUGGCGGCACGCAACUGCCUUGUUGGCGAUAACAAUCUCGUAAAGGUGGCAGAUUUCGGACUGGCUCGCUUAAUGCGUGACGAUACGUACACGGCACACGCCGGUGCCAAAUUUCCCAUCAAAUGGACGGCGCCCGAGGGUUUGGCGUACAAUAAGUUCAGCACCAAAUCGGACGUAUGGGCGUUUGGAGUAUUGCUGUGGGAAAUUGCAACGUACGGCAUGUCACCGUACCCGGGCAUCGAUCUUACGGACGUUUUCCACAAGCUCGAGUCAGGCUACCGGAUGGAGCGGCCGCCCGGAUGUCCACUGGAGGUGUACGAUUUGAUGCGGAAGUGCUGGCAGUGGAAUGCUCAAGAUCGUCCAACGUUCAAAAGCAUCCAUCACGAUCUGGAGCACAUGUUUCAGGAAUCGUCCAUUACCGAAGCGGUCGAGAAGCAGCUGCAAGGAGUCGGCGUGAUACCGAUGCAGCUAACGCCGCAGAUGAGCAAGAAGCCACACAUGGGUAUGCAGCAGCAGCAGCAACAACAGCUACAGCAGCAGCAGCAGCAGCAGCAGCAGCAGCAAAUGCUCCCUCCGCCGCCACAGCAAUCGCAACAACAGCAGCAGGCACAACAUGAACCUGCUAUAACACCCAUCUCUGAUUCGGGUUCGGGUUCGAAGUUCAGCACGUUCGGAAAUAAACAACCUGCUACCGCUGGUGUACAAAUGCGACGGACCACAAACAAACGUGGCAAAACGGCGCCAGCGCCACCAAAGAGGACAAGUUUGCUAUCAUCGAGCCGUGACUCGACGUACCGGGAUGAUGAUAACUGCAAGCUUGGAGAUGGCGAGCAAAACGCUAACGGUACAGCUAAUCCCAUCACAAAAUCGUCUUCUUGCAGUAGUUUCCUUAUCGAUAAGCUUAGCGAUACGUUACGAGGAUUUACACGUGACAUGGCAAAUUUAAUGAAUCGGGCCACAGACUCUGAGAACGAGCAAACCGAGGUUACGCCCGAUACCGAUACAGACAAUCCGGAACCGAUAGGGUUCCAGAAAACUCCACAGCAAGGUUCAUUUAAGCGUGCUCCGAUCAUGGGCAAUCGUGGAUUAGAGACACGGGGCAGUAAACGGUUGACUGGGCAAGCGCGGCGCGAUCAACUUCCUCCAGGUGGACAACCGUGUAUGCCGGUGAUGGGCCCGGGCCAACCACCAAUUGUCGGUGCGCUUGAAGUACAGAAUGUGAAGAAAGCCAUCAACAGAUAUGGUACCUUGCCGAAAGAUGCUCGGAUAGGGGCGUAUCUCGAAUCGCUGCGCCAAAGCGAUGGUACCGUUAUUCAGCAAGCGCAGCCACCGGUGCAGUUACCUCAGCAUCAGCAGCAACAACAUGCCGGACCAUUGCCGAGCUCGGCUCAGCUACAAAUGGGUCUGAAUGCUAACAUGUCCAUGGUUUCCGAGCCACCACCACCACCGAUGGCCGCAGCAAAUGCGAUAUCGAACAGUAUACUAGCGCAGCGAAAUGCAGCGGCAGCAAUCAAAGCACAACCACAGAUGAUACGAAGCAACUCCUCGAGUGGGGUCACCAUGUCCAACUCGGCUACAGCUAGUCUUUCAAAGCUCCAACGCCAUCGUACGACAACCGAUGGUUCGAUGAUGACGUUUUCUUCCUUCCGCGGGACGGUUGGGAACAACAGUCCAAAAAGAGCCAUGCAGCCCACUCUAGCCGAUCUCGAAUUUCCACCACCUCCGGUUGAUCUGCCACCACCGCCGGAAGAAUUUGAUGUUCCGCUCGAACAACGAGGAGGCAGUAGUAUGUUGGAGAAGGCCAUGGCUCCGUCGAACGAUGUGCGCAAUACGGAACCAAGCGUCGAAGAGGCUAGUUCGCGGUUUGGCGUCAGUUUGCGCAAGCGUGAACCCUCCACGGAUUCGUGCAGCUCGCUCGGCAGUCCGGCCGAUGCCAUGAUAAAUCCGGUGGCAGAUUCCGGACCACUUUCUAUUCCACCACCACCGCCCAUUGGUUCGAAAGACCACAAAGCAGAUACCAAGCGGGUAACAAAUGUGCCAAAGUGUUUACAGGGUGAAACUGCCGGCGGCAAGAAAGCUGCCAGUAUUGGUGGAGGAUUGCCACUGCCCGCCACAUCCGAUCCAGCGUCACAAUUAGUCAGUGAGCUGGCGGAAUCGAUGCAUUUACCAAAGGCACCCUCGCCACUAACUGCCGUGCAGGAACCGCAACAGCCAAUAUCGCAUUACAAGUCCUCGGAUGUAAGUUCGCUGCGUAAACCGGUUUCUAUGUCGAAAUCAACCAUCCUACCAUCCACGAACGCAUUGUCAAGUGACAAUUACAACGUUACCGGCCACAACGUGUCCGGUAUUCCACAGCCACCGUUUAAGACGCAGUUAAAGAAAGUGGAACCGGGCAAACGAACACCAACCCAGCCGGCCAAGAAGGAAGAAAGCUCCGGUGGCAUUAUUGACUUUAAGUCACGGUUACGUAAGGUAGAUCAGAACAAUGCUGACGUAUCGAGCAAUGGUAGUGGCGGUGGUGAUACCGUCGAGCCAGCAUCGAAUCUGGACAAUAAUAACAAACAUCAAUCGGGCAACAACCCGCACAGUAUUCAUAACAACAAUAACAUUAACAACACGCUUUCCAGCAAUAGUAAUGGCAACAUUCUAAACAAUAAUGACAAUUCCGCAUCGUCCUCCUCGUCGGAGAAUGAAAAUCAUCGAACGCAGAAAAAGAGCGAAACGGCAGCGAUGAUGGUGGUACGCAAUGGUACUGGUCUGUCCGGUAAGAACAGUAUCGAUCCCAGCAGCAAGUUGCUGCUGGAGAACAACGAGCUCAAUUCGUUGAAGUUGAAGAAGACGAAUGCCUCGUCGACGAUCGUAACCGGAUCGGCCCCGAUCGAUAGUAAUAAGGUGAUCGAGCUGAAAAAGACUGAAAUAAAAAUUGAGCUGAGCGACGAUCGGAAGCGCGAAAGCUUGGAGGGUAACUCGCUCAAGGUGGACAGCGGUGGUGGCAGUGGUGAUAAUCUGUCUACCGGAAGCAGCGGUGCUGGUGGCGAGGAAGGUGACGGUAAACGCAAAAGCACCGGCAGUAUCAGCAGCCUGAAAAAGCUCUGGGAAGCGAAAGAAUCUCCAAGCGAUCCGUUGAGUGCACAGCUGAGUCCCAAGCUAGGAACUAAAAGUGUGGCAAACAUUAUGCCGAAGAUUAAUAACAAUACGGAAGCGGAUGACGGGCCGGCGGGUGUUGGACACGAUACGACUCAACAACAGCCGGAACAUCAACAGCAGCAGUCAAACAUCGGACCGGCAGGAUGUAUUGCUACUGGUACAUUAGGAAGCAACAAAAAACCAGCAGUUCCGAUGAAACCAUCGAAGUUUUCUUCCAUCUAUGCGACACCGGUACAAAAUAUGAUGCAAAGCGUAACGUCCACAGGGUCGAGCGGUGGUACACCGGGUGCUACUACCAUCUACGCAAAAUCUACCGAGAACAGCAGCAGUGUUCCGCAACCCGACAAACCGCCCCCAUCGACGGCAGGUCCAUCGCCGGUGUCCGCCGGUGCACGCGAUAAUAUACUGGAAUUGGUGCAAUCGUUGCAGACGAGUUUGAAAAUGCCUGUAGCAACCAUUUCCGCUACGCAAUGGGUGGCACUGAGCGAUCGGCUGAAUUCGCUACAGUCGUGCUGCGUUACGUUUGCCGACAACGAAAGUCUGCCACCGCACGCCAAAUUUCAUUUCCGAGAGCUAGUCACGCGGGUGGAAAAUCAGGCACGUUCGUUGCGCACCGCCAGUAACAAAAACGUUCAAGACAACGAAAAACUCGUCCAGGAGGUCGGCCAAUCGUUGAAGCAGAUAUCAAAUGCCUUGCACAGGUAAUUUCAAGUAAAGU